AUGUUUUUUACCAUAAGCACCCAUAAAAUGAGCUCCAUUCCCGACAGAAAUGAUGGAAGCAUUUUUGAUGGGCUGGUGGAAGAAGAUGACAAAGAUAAAGCAAAAAGAGUGUCUAGAAACAAGUCUGAAAAGAAGCGCCGAGAUCAGUUUAACGUACUUAUCAAAGAGCUGGGUUCUAUGCUUCCAGGUAAUGCUCGGAAGAUGGAUAAAUCCACUGUACUGCAGAAGAGCAUUGACUUUUUACGGAAGCACAAAGAAAUUACUGCACAAUCAGAUGCCAGUGAGAUUCGACAGGACUGGAAACCGACAUUCCUUAGUAAUGAAGAGUUCACACAGUUAAUGUUAGAGGCUCUUGAUGGUUUUUUUUUAGCAAUUAUGACAGAUGGAAAUAUAAUAUAUGUGUCUGAAAGUAUAACUCCCUUGCUUGAACAUUUGCCAUCUGAUCUUGUGGAUCAGAGUGUAUUUAACUUUAUCCCAGAGGGGGAACAUUCAGAAAUUUAUAAAAUAUUGUCUUCUCACCUGCUGGAAAGUGAUUCAUUGACUCCAGAAUACUUAAAAUCAAAAAAUCAACUAGAAUUCUGCUGCCAUAUGCUGCGAGGAACAAUAGAUCCAAAAGAGCAACCUACAUAUGAAUAUGUAAAAUUUAUAGGAAAUUUCAAGUGUUUGAAUAACGUUCCCAACUCGGCACACAACGGUUUUGAAGGGACUAUUCAGCGGUCGCACCGGCCUUCGUAUGAAGACAAAGUCUGCUUUGUAGCCACAGUUAGAUUAGCUACACCUCAAUUUAUCAAGGAAAUGUGCACUGUUGAAGAACCCAAUGAAGAGUUCACAUCUAGACAUAGCUUAGAAUGGAAGUUCCUAUUCUUGGAUCACAGGGCACCUCCGAUAAUAGGUUAUCUUCCAUUUGAAGUUUUGGGAACAUCAGGCUACGAUUAUUAUCAUGUGGAUGAUCUGGAUAAUCUGGCAAAAUGUCACGAGCAUUUGAUGCAAUAUGGAAAAGGGAAGUCGUGUUACUACAGAUUCCUUACAAAGGGACAGCAAUGGAUUUGGCUGCAAACACAUUACUAUAUCACGUACCACCAGUGGAAUUCCAGGCCAGAGUUUAUUGUCUGUACACACACUGUUGUCAGUUACGCAGAAGUUAGAGCAGAAAGGCGACGAGAACUUGGUAUUGAGGAGUCUCUCCCAGAGAUAACAGCAGAUAAAAGUCAGGACUCUGGGUCUGACAACCACAUAAACACCGUGAGUCUCAAAGAAGCACUGGAGAGGUUUGAUACCAGCCCCACGCCUUCGGCUUCCUCCAGGAGUUCCAGAAAAUCUUCGCAUACCGCAGUAUCAGAUCAUUCAUCAACACCAACUAAAAUGACGGUGGACACCAGCACUCCUCCGAGGCAAAGCUUAGCUGGUCAUGAAAAGACUGCACAAAGAAGAUCAUCUCUGAGUAGUCAGUCUUUAAGCUCCCAGUCUCUUGGCCAACCAGCAGCACAGCCGACGAUGUCCCAGCCUGCAACGUUACAGCUCCAGUCUGGCAUGUCCCAGCCUGUGUUUCAGUUUUCAGCUCAGUUAGGAGCUAUGCAGCAUCUAAAGGACCAGCUCGAGCAAAGAACGCGCAUGAUAGAGGCAAAUAUUCAUCGGCAGCAGGAAGAGUUGCGCAAGAUUCAAGAGCAGCUUCAAAUUGUCCACGGUCAAGGACUCCAGAUGUUCUUGCAGCAGUCAACUUCUGGCCUCAACUUUGGUUCUGUGCAGCUUGCUUCUGGAAAUUCUUCAAAUGUUCAGCAGCUUACCCCAGUAAACAUGCAAGGUCAGGUUGUUCAGCCUAACCAGACUCACAGUGGGAUGAGCACGGGCCAUAUCAGUACUCCUCACAUGAUACAGCAACAGCCUCUGCAGAGUACUACAACACAGCAUAACCAACAAAACGUACUCAGUGGGCACAAUCCACAGUCUUCUCUUGCCAGUCAGUCACAGAACGCGGUCUCGGCACCGGUGUAUAACACUAUGGUGAUUUCUCAGCCAGCACCAGGGAAUGUGGUCCAGGUUCCCUCUAGCUUGCCACAGAACAGCAACCAGAGCACUGCUGCAGUAACCACUUUCACACAGGAGAGACAAAUCAGAUUUUCUCAAGGUCAGCAGCUUGUAACAAAACUUGUCACGGCCCCGGUGGCGUGUGGAGCAGUAAUGGUGCCCAGCACGAUGUUCAUGGGCCAGGUGGUGACAGCUUACCCCACCUUUGCUGCCCAGCAGCAGCAGCCGCAGACCGUGUCGAUAACGCAGGCGCUUUCCCGGCCCCCCCCCCGCCCCCCCCCCCCCGUCCACCAGCCAGCUCAGCCGCAGCUGACCCAGCACCCCCAGCCCUUCCUACAGACAUCCAGGUUACUUCACGGAAACCAGUCAGCUCAGCUGAUCCUCUCCGCUGCUUUCCCACUGCAACACAGCACUUUCACUCAGUCCCACCACCAGCAGCACCAGUCGCCGUCGCAGCCGUCGCAGCAACUUGCUCGGCACAGAACUGAGAAGAUGUCUGAUCCUUCCAAGGUUCAGCCGCAAUAG